AAAACAGUCAAUGUCAAGAAAUACUUCCGGAAAUGGCCGCUGCGAUGCAUGUUGUAAAUAGUUUAUUUUGUUGACAGAACGGCGAAGCGCGUUCUGUCGUUCUGCGAAGCGCGUAUCGCCUCUAUCGGAUUGUUUAAAUAUCAUCCACUGAUCAUCUACGAAUCGUUUUCGAGAAUAUAGUGUAACUCCCGGUCGAGAAAGAGAAGAAAACAACCAAGAAUGUCGAACUGUGUGUCGCUGCAGACAAGGCUCGCGUCCGUGAUGGAGAGCCUGGUGCGCGCGGCGGUGGCGGCGCUCUGCGGGCUGGCGGAGAGCCGCUCCUGGUCCGCCUCCCCUUGCCACAGGACCCGGGGGGGCCCGGAGGACCCCGACCCCACAGACAAACUCCAGGCAGAGAAUCACGUCCAAAUGUCUAAUUUCGCGGCUAUUAUGGAAACUCUGGGCAACGAGGCGAUGGGUAAGAUUAUGAAGAUAGUAGAGGACACCAAAUUCUUGAUGGAGUUUGAGCAGAGGUCUUUUAAGACAUCCCGAGGCAGGAAGCGGCCCCAGAUGAGUGUUCUGAACAUCCUGUCAGACGGAGGAGUCGAGGCAGAGCAUUCCUAUGGAGGAACUGCAAAGACUGCAGAGAAAGACCAAUGCAUCCAGUCGGUGCACUUCAUUGAGGACACAAACCAACCCGAGACCCCGUUUGUCCUUGCCAUAAGCAUCAAAGAUGAACACGGCGCCAUGGACCUAGGCGCCAUCGUUGAGCGAGCUGCAGCCGAGGCCUUUGUCCCCACGGCACCCCCUGACUCCCCGACCAUGGACCUCACGCUGCCAGUGUCUGAGCAGGAGCAGGCGGAGAAGGAGUCGGAUGAGUCGCAUCAGACAGACCCCCUGGGCUCCAGGCCCACCUCCUCCUCCUCCACCUCGGGCAGGAAGAGCUUCGUCUGUACAGAGUGCGGCAAGAACUUCUCCACGCAGAGCAACCUCAAGGCCCACUCCCGCAUCCACACAGGGGAGAGGCCCUUCACCUGCGUCAUCUGCGCCAAGGGCUUCGCGCACAAGCAGAGCCUCCAGGACCACAUCCGCACACACACCGGCGAAAAGCCCUUCGAGUGCCCGCAGUGCGGCAAGUGCUUCGGCAAGCAGGCACACCUCAAGACCCACUCCAUCAUCCACACGGGCCAGAGACCGUACAGCUGCCCCCUGUGCGGCCGCAGCUUCAAUCUGGCGCAGAACCUGACGCGCCACGCGCAGAUCCACACGGGCCAGAAGAUAUUCACCUGCUCGCUGUGCGGCAAGGGCUUCACGCGCUCGGUCACGCUCAAGAACCACCAGCUCAUCCACACGGGACAGAAGCCAUUUAAGUGCGCACAGUGCGCCAAGAGCUUCCGGCACGCCGUCAACCUCAAGAACCACCAGCGUAUCCACACGGGACUGCGUCCGUUCGGCUGCGACCUGUGUGGCAAGACCUUCCGCCAGUCUGUGAACCUGAAGAUCCACCAGCGCAUACACACGGGCGAGCGGCCCUUUGAGUGCAAGGAGUGUGGCAAGAGUUUCAGCCAGCAGAGCAGCCUGAUCUCCCAUGGGCGCACGCACUCCGAGGAGCGGCCCUUCCCCUGCCACCUCUGCGAGAAGCGCUUCAACAACGCAAACAGCCUCAAGCUGCAUAUGCGCGUGCACACGGGAGAGAAGCCGUAUAGCUGCGACAUCUGCGGCAAGACCUUCAGCCAGGGCAGCCACCUUCGCACUCACAAGCGCCACGUCCACGCCGGCGGGAAGCAGUACAUCUGCGACAAAUGCGGAAAAAGGUACUCUGACCAGCGCAACCUCAAGCUGCACAAGUGCGUGUACGCUUAGAAGUACAAGUGGACUUGAUAAGCAGUGCGUGUACGCCUAGAAGUACAAGUGUGCGUGUACGCCUAGAAGUACAAAUGGCCUUGAUGAGCGAGAAUGUCGGAAUAGCAAAACAUUUUUAAGCAGAAUCCUUAUUCUUUAUUUUGUGGGGGGGGGUAUAUUUACAAUGAUUGAAAUGAAAAUAUUUUCGUAAUAUAUGUUUUUACUGCAUUCUUGCACAGCACACUUAUUUAUUUGAAUGUAGCUAUACAUGAUACAUAAUGUAGUACAUGAUUGAAAGAGGCUUUGAGAGAAAUUGUAUUGUGUGGGGUUUGGACUGAAAGUACAUAUGUGAAAAAAGACUGGAAAUUGGGCUUUACUACAUGCUGAAGCACACUAGUAUUUUGCUCUGAGUAAACGCAUUUAAACGCAUUGCAUUUAUAAAUCGCCUAUGUUUAACCAGUACAAGUCUUUAUUCAGAAUGCAGAUCUUAGUAGGGCUCGAAUUAGGGUUGGCCUGAAUGCAUCAUUUCUAGGAUCGUUUUCUAAAGUGGUUGGUAAUGUGUUCUUUUUAUCACGCAAAACAAGAAUAUCAAAGUCGGUGGCUUUCGGACACACUCAUCAGUCUGAGUCAAACUGUCAAAGUGCUACCGGGAUAUUCAAAUUAUGUUUGAAUAUCCAAAACUAAGGAAUGAUGAUUAAUCUCAUGUUUGGCUGAUGAUGGCUGCCGACCCCUCCACUGAACCGCCCUCUAUAUUUUAUAACUGGGAUAUUUGGACAACGUGUUAUCUAGCCUUCUGCCUGUAGUUCUCCAAAUAUGCAUGGUUGUUAAAAAAAACUUAACAUUUUGCAUUCAUUAUUUUUCCUAAAAACAAAAAUAAUUUCCUAAUACUGAUUAGAAUAUCUGCCUUAAGAACGAAUAUUCACACCCAUCCCAACAUCUAUACACCUUGUGUUGUAUUUCAGGGAAGGGAAUCACCAAUGAAUGAAUCGUUGUUUCGUCGUUCAGGUCGAGGACAAAACUCACCCAUGGCUAUUCAAUUACCAAUUAAAAUAUUCUGAAGCAAACCAAUCGUGCUUAUUUGCCUCAUAUAUCAGAUACAUUUCAUAAAAUGGCCAUAUUUAAUUCAAUUUAACACUUCUGGAUUAUUUUGUCUGCAGGUUCGACUACAUCAUAUUACAUUUUGCCAAACUAUGGACAAUUUACAGCUUAAUUGUAUUAGUAUUAUUCAACAAUAGCACAUUUCUCCUGAUGCAGUAGCUCCAGGGCCCAGUUUAAAAAAAUAAAUAAAAUCUGGAUGUUUUCCCAUGUUUUGCUAUCCAUGAUCACCUGAUCCAUCUUACUUUUAUGCCAGAACAUUGGAUUGGAUCGCUGUGAUCCAAAUACCAAAUUUCAGGAUAACCAACACCAACUGAAUCCACCCUUCCGAUGGCAUCAGUAUAAUCCUGUUUUUUGGAUCAAAUAGAUCCCAAACUGAGUACAAAGUUCUGAAAAACCCAAAAGGAAGGUUUGAUCCAGAUCAAAUGUAAAAUUGGAUUACAUGAUCUGAUCUUAGUUCGGAAUCGCUCUUUUGCUCUGGAAAACCCAUUUGCAAGAUCACUGAGGUCGCUGGAACUUUGAGGGCAUAGGUACCGUUAUGCAUCAUAUCACCACACGUCCGGUGGUCAUCACUGAAUUAAGUUUUUGCAAACAUUCUGUAAAUAAGAGGUCAAAUCGCAUCAAACAAGAAUAAGGCUAAAUCUUGGUAUUGUAAUUUCUUUACAAAAGGGAAUGUGAGAGUGACAUCACAGGGUGUUAUAACGCCGUUGUGAACUCUCCAUGUCUAGAGGUCACUGGCUGUGGCGCUCUGGGAGUCAACCGUAUGUUCCUGGAAUGACGGAGGCUGCAGUUUACUAACUGAAGUUUCAUCAAUUGUAAUCUUUGUUACUGUUGUCUGGCUAGGUAUUACUCGGAGAGUGGUGCAUUUUCAACACGUGGUUUAAUCAGAGACAUAAGGCCAACAAGCUUACACUGUGGGGAUUCAUGAAGCACCUCUCGAACACUGGCCAGCAGGCCCGCCGCUCCCUAUACGCGUAGGGCACCAAGUACCUGAGGGGGCACCAAAAAUUAAGGU